CGGAGAUGGAUUAUAUGGCAAUAUUAUGUAUGACAGAAGAAUUGUCAGAGGAAACACAUAUGCUCAACAUACACUCCCAGCUUCAGCACAACCGGAUCCAAUUGAAAUGCAGAGGCAACAGGAGAUUCGGAGGCGGAAUAUUGCAAGGAAACGUGCAAGAGAACAGUUGAAACCAAAAUCUCCUGAACCUUUAGAAGGUCGCAAGCAUAUCGAUGUACAGACUGAACUCUAUUUGGAGGAACUUAGUGAUCGUGUUGAAGAAGCUGACGUCGACUGCCAAACAGACAUGUUUCUGGAUCGACCACCUACUCCACUUUUUAUACCAGCCAAGACCGGUAUGGAUGUUGCAACCCAAAUAUAUGAAGGCGAUUUGUUUGAUUUUGACUUGGAAGUUAAGCCUAUCCUAGAGGUGCUAGUAGGUAAGACAGUGGAGCAGGCUUUACUGGAGGUGAUGGAGGAGGAAGAACUUGCUAAUCUCAGGGCCCAGCAAAGAGCCUUUGAAGAGCUACGCAAUGCUGAGGUUGUGGAGACACAGAGACUUGAGGAGCAAGAACGAAGACACAGAGAAGAAAAAGAGAGAAGAAUGAAACAGCAGAGAGAGGUUCUUAAGAAGGAACGUGAAACUGCCGAAAAGAUUGCAGCUAGAGCAUUUGCACAAAGCUACUUAGCAGACUUGGUGCCCUCUGUGUUUGGUACUCUGAGUGACAAUGGAUACUUCUAUGAUCCAGUUGAGCGAGAUGUUGAAAAUGGAUUCAUGCCAUGGAUAAUGGAUGAGGUGGAAAAGGAGAUCAAUAAGUCACUGUUAGGUCGUACAAUGUUAGAUGCAAUCAUAAGAGAUGUUGUAAUGGCAAGAGCAGCAGCCUACUUCAAACUUGAACAAUCACAAAGAGAUGCAGAAAGGAUAGCACAGGCUGCACAGGCACUGCUAGACCAACAAAUGCAAGGCGAUGACACAGAUAAAGUAGAAGGUGUUGAUGAGACUGAAGUGGUAGCAGAGAGUCGGCCAGAGACAGCGCCGGACACAGGAGCACCGGCUGAAGGGGACGGGGAGGAAGGGGGAGGGGAAGCAGCAGAAGACGAUGAAUAAAUUCUUUGAUUAAAAAAACUUCACAUUUCUCCAAUCCAUGUUCCAACUUUUUUGUUUGUACCCCAAAAAUUCCACUAUAUAACAUAUCUAUUAAUUAUUGAAAGUCCCAUUCAGGAUAAAAUGAGUUAAUCUAUUUAGAGAACGAUAUAUCUGAAUAUUUAAUUUCCAUAUAUACAAUAGAUUGUAAAAUAUAUUAAUAGAUGUAUGAAUUAUUUUUGUGUGUAUAUAAAAUUGUAAAUCUAAAUUCAAGAGUUUCUGACUUGAUAAAUGUAAAAUAAAAAUGUUUUGUGUUAAGUCUAAAUGAUGUCCUCGUUUUUGAAGGAGGUGUUAUGUAUUUGAUUAUUUUGACAACACUCAGGUGAUGAAAGGGAAACGACGGGUUAGAUAAGCAUAAUAUUAAAGUUAUACUGCCACCCAUGAAAAAUUUGGGUAAAAAACAAAACAACAUACGUUAUCAACUUUAAUAAGUCACUGAAAAAUUUCUAUAAAUUCAAACAUCUACUCCACCCUCUUCCCAUAUGAUGUAAUUUGGAAAGAAACGUAUUUCGACAAGCUUUUCAUUAAGAUUACAUUUUGGAUAGAAUCUCGUAAGGUAUUUUUGAAUAGCCUAGCGCCCUCAACUUUAUGUAUUUUGGAAAAAAGUCAUUUUGGACUGGUGUUCGAAAUACCACAUUUAACUUAGCAGCGUUAAACAAAUAUAAUAGAACAUGCAGAGUAUUAGGGUAUGAUUGUUGACAACUAAAAUUGUUUGGUUUGGUAGUAAGGGUGCGUUAGAUUGGAACCUGCUCGUCGUGGCACUUGUGUACAUAAAAUACAAUAUAUUGAAAUAAAAUAUUACUACCU